AUGGCUACCACUUCUAUGGAUUACGAGGCCGCCAACGGCGACCGCUACGAUGACGAGGCUCCUCGUUACGAGCGCGACAACCGCAGCGCCUCUCCUCGCCCUGCGCGUGAUGACGGCGACUCGGGCCGCCGUCGCUCUGCCUCCCCUUCUGGGAACGGCGACCGCGACCGCGACCGUGCCACCAAGGAUGAGACCGGCUCCAGGGGUGGCGACGACGACGGCGCCAUCAACCCUGGCUCCAACCUCUUCGUCACUGGUAUCCAUCCUCGUCUGACCGAGCAGGAGGUCACUCGCAUGUUCGAGAAGUAUGGUGAUGUCGAGAAGUGCCAAAUCAUGCGCGACCCUCACACCAAGGAGUCCCGUGGUUUUGGCUUUGUCAAGAUGGUCACGUCCGACCAGGCCGAUGCCGCCAAGGAGGGUCUCCAGGGAGAGCAGAUCGAGGGUCGCACCCUGAGCAUCGAGAAGGCUCGCCGUGCUCGUCCUCGCACUCCCACUCCCGGCAAGUACUUCGGUCCUCCUAAGCGUGAGGGACGUGGUGGCAGCAGUGGUGGCCGAUUCAACGACCGUUAUGAUGAUCGUCGCAGAGGUGGCUACGGCGGCGGCGGCGGCUACGGAGGCGGCGGCUACGGCGGCGGCCGUGACGACCCAUACCGCUACCGUGGCUACGACCGCCGCGGCGGCUACGAAGACCGUGGCGGCGGCUACGAGCGCGGCUACCGCGAGGAUCGUGGCUAUGAUCGCAGCUACCGUGAAGAUCGUGGCGGUGGCAGCGCUGGCGGCUACGAGAGACGCGAGCGCGGAGGCGAUGACACCUACAGCAGUGGCGGUCGUGUCGACCGUUACGGCGGCGGACGUGAGGACCGUGGCGACCGCUAUGCUCGCGGUGGUGAUGACCGUCGCGGCGGCGGUGCUGCCGGCUACGAGAGACGUGAGCGUGGCGGGGACGACACAUACAGUGGCAGUGGCGGCCGUGAUGGGCCUCGCUCCCGCGACGCUCCUGCUAGUGGCGCAGCCUACGCUGACCCCCCUGCCCGCUCUGAGGGCCGCGAGGCCUACGGAGGUUGGAACUCCUAA